GCGAGCUUCCAGGGAGCUUUUUCACGUGCGUCCAGAGCAGCGCUCGUGCGGUCGGGAAGUACACAACUUUUGCGUCUUAAAACUCCUUCAGAAGCCAAAAAUGAGUGGCGAUUUUGGCCGUGGUUUACGCACGUCCUCGAAAAAAACUCACUGAAGUGUGGAAAAUGACCGGGAAAGCCAAGUGAGGCAGGAACAUGCACAGAUUAGGGGUUGUUCUUCUUGUGUUCAAUGUUCUGAAUGUUUCGUUGGGAAUACUCAACUCAGGGCCAAAUUUCGGGAACGAAGAGGUUUUGAUUGUGCCCAGAUUCGUGUCAAGAGCGAACACGUUUCGAGUGGUCAUCGGGGACACGAUUGUGCUGCCGUGCGAAGUCCAGAAUUUAGGCUCGCUAGUUAUUGUAUGGAAAAGAGGAAUCACCCUUUUAACCGCCGGUCAACAAAAAAUCACGGCCGACCCGAGGAUAUCGCUCUUGGGCUAUAAUCUGCAAGUGAGGGACAUCAGAUAUUCAGAUCAGGGCGACUACACUUGUCAGAUAGGGGAUGGUUCACAUGGGGACCUAAUACACACUGUCGAGAUUCUCAUGCCUCCUAGUCUCCAGAUCUACCCCAACAACGGCGAAGUCUUCACCACCCGCAAGGGCGCCCCCGUGUCAUUCGAAUGCAGAGCGAGCGGCAACCCAUUACCGGUGGUCCAGUGGUCGAAAAAGGAAGGUGUACUCCCAUCCGGAUUACAAGUACAAACAGGUUACCUAUUGUCGUUACCGAGCGUCCAGCGACAGGACGCAGGCGAAUACCAAUGCACGGCUUCCAACGGAAUCGGGCAACCCGUGACCGGGGACGUCAAACUCCACGUUCUCUAUCCUCCGGAAAUAAGCGUGGCGAAGUCCUGGGUCAACGCGGGGGAGGGGCUCGAGGCGAGGCUGGAUUGCAUCGUUCACGCCGAUCCACCUGGAGAAGUUUUAUGGUACCAAAACUCUUUCCCUCUGCAACAAACCGACCGCCGGAUAAUGUCAAGCAAGGGCAAAACUCACGCUUUAACCAUCAAAAACGUCCAGUUUUCCGACUUCGGCAACUACAGUUGCACGGUUAUCAACUCAAUCGGACGGGACAGAAAAUAUAUAGAACUAUCGGGAAAGCCCGGUCCUGCACGCAUCCUCAGCCCCAACUACUCCAGCGCCCAUUAUUACGACCUACGAUGGGUCGUACAAUCCGUUUUGCCCAUCAUGGAAGCAAAAAUACUCUACAGACGGAUCAACGCAACCACGAUUUAUGACCACAAAGGACAAUGGCACGAUCUAGUCGUCAAACCAAGUCAGAAAUACGACCCGAAGACCGGUGAAAGGGUUCAGUCUUUCCGAAUUACCAACCUGACGCCCGAAUCCUUGUACGAAUGCCUCAUUUUGACCAAAAAUCAACACGGGUACAGCGAAGUGUCAAGUUUGCACCAAUGGUUCAGUUCGGACAAGGGCCGACCAUUGGUCGAAUCGAUGGGACACAACGUCGCCGGGUUAAGUUUAAGCACACUUAUGUUCAUACAAGCUGUCAUUUUGUUGUCAUUUUAAGUGACGGUUUUAUUUGUUUGUGGAAAUUUGUAUUGUGUAAAUAAUUUUUCACAGUCAGGGUAGAACAGAGUAUGUAGAAUGUAUUAUUAAUAAAGUUUUUACAAAUUA